AUGCCACUCUACACCAAGUUUCUGAAGGAUUUGUUGACCAAGAAGGGUAAAUACAUCAAUAAUGAAAACAUCAUGAUGGAAGGUAAUUGUAGUGUAGUUAUUCAGAGAAUCCUCCCACCAAUGUACAAAGAUGUAGGGAGCGUGACUAUCCUGUGCUCAAUAGGUGUUGUAUCAGUAGGAAAAGCACUAAUCGAUUUGGGGGCUAGCAUCAAUUUGAUGCCCCUAUCUAUGUGCAAAAGGAUCGGGAACUUAGAGAUUUCACCAACCAGAAUGACAUGGCAUCUUGCUAACCAUUCAAUUACAAGAUCCUAUGGUGUGGUGGAGGAUGUGUUGGCCAAGGUUCGUCAAUUCACAUUCCCUGUGGAUUUUGUGAUCAGGGAUAUAGAGGAAGAUGCUCAAAUUCCGUUCAUCUUAGGCCGUCCUUUCAUGUUGAUGGCUAAGUGUGUAGUGGACAUGGGAAAUGGUAACCUAGAAAUGAGUGUCGAUGAUCAAAAGGUUACCUUCAAUCUAUUCAAUGCAAUUAAGCAUCCAAAUGACCACAGGGCCUAUUUUAAGAUGAAGGCAGUUGAACAUGAGGUGGCCAUGGUAGCUCAAGCUAUGGCAUCACAAUCCCCAUUAGAGAAAGCUCUGACUAAUGUUGUGGAGUGCCUUACAAAGGAAGAAGAAAAAGAAUUGAAGAAAUGUUUGGAAGAGUUGGAUGGGUUGAAAGGAAGCCCUGCAGAAAAAGUUUUAUUUGAAGAAGGAUCCCCCUACAAUGAAAGCUAA